UGUCAUGAUGCAUCAUCCUCAUAACCGCGCAGCCUUUUUUGCCCGAAUUUUUAAACAGUAGUGCACGCCCAUUGGAGGAAACCAGGUGUGUCUCAGGCAAAUGCCCCGCCCACUUUACCGUAUAUGGACAUUAUACGGGAAGUUGAUUGACAGCAGGCAGCAGCUGCUGAGAUACCGAGACAUGGCGGAGCGUACAGUUUGAGUAGGGAACGCCAGAAGAGUUGCGCUACUUUUGCUCACACUUGAGUCCGCACAGCGCUACAUAAAUGGCUAAAAAGAAACUAUAAACGCAGACGAACAUGCUCUUCUCGGAAGCGCAGGGAAAAAUGGACGAAGUUGCCUCGCGUAAGUGAUCUGGAGAAAUGUCUCGCUGUUUAGUGCAGUCAACAGCCUCAGGCAACAAACAUGGCUUCUGUGCCUUUCUGCAGUUUGUAAUGAAAACCAGCUUCAUUAAGCCAUCACAUCUCAUGGCGCCUUGGCUCAAAUCCUACAAGUGAGCGGACAGAAAGAAGUUGCUGCUGCAUUCAUCGGGUUUGUGUGGGGGAAUCGGGUCUACGGCGAUAGCGCGGAGCUAGCUAACGUUAGUUAGCCAGGGAACUGGAGGAACUGCAAUGGAGCCCAAGCACAAAGAGUUACUACACCAGUACCACCAGAACUUGCUGGAGUCCAUCACGGAUGCAGACCGGCUGAUAGAGCUGCUGAGUAAAUCGGGAAGCCUCAGCGAGCAGGAAGCCUUCGAGCUGGACCAGAACUGCUCUUCCAGCGCCGAGAAAGUGGACCAGCUCCUGAAGAUGCUCAUGAACAAGCAGAGCGACCAUUUCCUGGAGCUCUGUGUGGCCCUGGAGAAGACAUACCCUCACCUGUACUCUGCCCUCUUCGCCAACGGCGGAGGACCAGCUGAUCACUCUGGGUCCACCUACAGCGUCCUGUCCACAAUGCCAUCAGACUCAGAGAGCAGCAGCUCCCUCAGCAGUGUCGGUACCAAAGCCUCAUCACCUCCACCUGCGCUCAGUGACACCCGGCCGGCCAGCGAGAACCUGGACACCAUCCUGUUCCAGCUGAGGCAAGUCACCAGGGAGCGGGACGAACUUCGCAAGCGCUUGGCUCUCGCCUCACCUGGCACCACGUUUGAUGACUGCAGGCCAAAUUCCAAACCUGGCCAUGACUACGAGCGUCUGAAAACGCAGUGCAUGAAGGCCAUGGCAGACCUGCAGUCCUUGCAGAACCAGCACACCAAGACUCUGAAGAGGUGCGAGGAGGCCGUGAAGGAGGCGGACUACUACCACAUACAGCAUAGCCGCCUCCUGAGCGAACAGUCUCAGCUUAAGGAGGAAAUGGAGGUUUUGAAGAGAGAGAACACCAAGCUGGUUCGGGAACACAACCACCUGAAACAGAGCUGUGAGGAGCUCAGGAGACUCCACUCUGAAGAUCAGAGAGAGGUGGCCGACAUGAGACUACAGCAACAACAGGUAAUCAGGGAGAACGGGUCAUCAGAGGUUUUGAACAAGCUCUACGAUACAGCGAUGGAUAAGCUAGAGGGGGUGAAGAAGGAAUACGACGUCUUGAGCAAACGCUACAGUGAGAAGGUGGCCAGUCACAACACGGAUCUGAGUCGCCUGGAGCAAGUGGAGGAGGAGAACAGGCGCUUGCAAAAACAAAUAGAUGCUCUGCUUAAACAGCGCGACACGGCCAUCCAGUACCAACAGCAGUGGUCUACAUCUAUGAGACGGUUUGACUCGGUGCAGCAGGAGCUGAAUAAAGCCUCAGCCCAGAACAAGGAGCUGCAGAGAGAGAUGGAGAGACUCCAGUCGGAGGUGACGCGCUACAAGAACUUCCAGCUGAAGGCAGUCAAGGAUGCAGAGAAAUACAAGGAGGAGCGGGAUUCUGUGUUUAAUGAAUACAGGCUGAUCAUGAGCGAGAGGGACCAGGUCAUUAAAGAGGUGGACAAGCUGCAGACGGAGCUGGAGACGGCGGAGGCCCGGCUGAAAAACACUUCCUCUGAGAGAAUGGUGGCCAGUGAGGAGCUGGAAGCUCUCAGACAGGAGCUAAAUUCAUCGCUGGUGGAUCGAGACCGUGCCAUCUGUGAGAGAAACGAGCUGCUGGAAAAAUACUGCCAUGAAGUGAAGGACAAAGCGGAGGCCCAGAAAGAGCUGAGUCAGGCCUGUAAAGACAUCGAGACUGUGCGGGAGGAAAGAGAUGUGGCCAGGAAAGAGAGAACAGAAGCCAUCAUCCAGAGAGACCAGUUACUGCGGGAAUACUACCAGGCCAGACAGAAACAAGACUCGGCCACGCUGGACAUGGAGCGUGCCAAUAAGGAGAUUGACGUGUUGAGGAAACAGUGUGAGGCCAUGUCCCAGGAGCUGAAGGAGGCCGUGCAGGAGGCCGAGGUGGCCAAGUGUCGAAGAGACUGGGCCUUUCAGGAAAGAGACAAGAUUGUUGCUGAGAGAGAGAGCAUACGGACUUUAUGUGAUAAUCUGCGCAGAGAGAGAGACCGUGCCGUCAGCGAUCUGGCCGAUGCCCUGCGUAACCUUGACGACAUGAGGAAACAGCGGAAUGAUGCAGCCAGGGAACUUAAAGAGCUCAAGGAGAGGAUGGAGAGCCAGUUGGAGAAGGAGGCGCGUUUUUGCCAGCUAAUGGCUCACAGCUCCCAUGAUUCAGCCAUAGACACAGACUCAUUAGAAUGGGAGACGGAGGUGGUGGAGUUUGAGAAGGAUCGGGACGACAUGGAUUUGAAGGCAAUGGGGUUUGAUAUUGCAGAGGGGGUGAACGAUCCAUAUUUACCAGGGGAUUGUGGGAUAUUUGUGACCAGAGUGGACAAAGGAAGUAUCGCGGAUGGAAGAUUGAGGGUGAAUGAUUGGCUGCUGAAGAUAAAUGAUGUGGACCUGACUAACAAAGACAGGAAGCAGGUCAUCAAAGCCGUACUUAAUGGAGGAGGGCUGAUCAAUAUGGUCGUUCGCAGGAGGAAAUCUUUAGGAGGAAGACUGGUUACUCCUGUCCACAUUAAUCUCAUCGGACACAAAGAUGCUGGUAUCACUCUUGAGGGUGGCGUAUACAUGGCCGCUAUCGCACCGGGCAGCCCAGCUGCCAGAGAGGGAUCUCUUACCAUCGGAGACCGCCUGAUUGCCAUAAAUGGGAUCGCUCUGGAUAACAAAUCUCUGAGUGAAUGUGAGGCUCUGCUGAGGGGCGGCAGGGACUCGCUCGCUCUCUCCCUCAUGAAGUUUUUUCCCCAGAGCACGUCAGGGCAGAACAUCUUUGAGAGCCUGAGGGAGGCCGAGAAAUCCAACGGCAGAAUCCACCUGUCAGAUAUCCAUUCUCGAAACAGCAGAAACCUCAAACACAACAGCUCAACUCAGACAGACAUUUACAGCGGGGACACGGGCGGCGAGAGAAGGAAGACCAGGACUGACUUGGAGGAGAGCGGAUAUUCUGAGAGGAAGGUGUUUCCGAUCUCCACCUUGCACCCUAACUCUCUCCGUCCCGCUUCAGAGCUGGGACCGGUCCGCUACAGCGGCAGUGCCUUUCAGGAGGUCUGCUACACCCGCUCAGAGUCAGUCGGCCCCGAAUGCGUUACACUGGAUUCCAGUCUGGAGAAGCAACACAGUGGCGGCACUUGGCCUAAAAUGGUGGUGGGUGUUGCAAUGACAAGCGACAGCCCGGCGCAACUCUCCAUCUACAGGUCGCCCAAGCAAAGAAAGCCCAUUGAGGCCGACACCUUCAAAAGGCCAGAUACGCCGUCAAAGACAGACUACCAUUCGCCUCAACCUUUAAAAGCAGAUUCUGCCCCGACACCCCCGACCCCGCCCACACGUAGCGACUCCUUCAAAUUCAAGCACAAACAUCAGGGCAGCUCCACCUCAGAGUCCACCAUCACCGCCAUGUCUGUCCACGAACCCAAACAGGAGGACCGCAACGGCAACCUGUACUUCACCGAGGCGGGGCACGAGGGCAAGGUCUUGAGCUCCAGGAAGUCCUGCGAGGAAGACAUCGGUCGAAUGCGGCCGGAGGAACCGGAAGUGAAGCGUCCUAGGCCCAAAUCGGCCCCGGCGCUCAGGCGCAGGAUGACUCCUCAGACCAUUCCUCUCCAGAGCUUCCAGAGUUAUUCAAAUGAUGGUGACUUUGUGGAGCAGAGGGAGAUGCUGCGUUCCUCUCCUAAUCGACCUCACAGACACAGCGUGGGUUUUGUGCCUACAGCCUAUAAUGGAACCCUGCCUCCCAACUCAGCACAUCGAGGACUGGCCCCCUGCUCUGCGGUAACGGCCGUUAUGAAGAACCCCGUUUACAUGGUGCGCAGUCACAGAGUUCACACUAACAACUGCCCUACUGUCGUCAACCAGAUCAAUCAGCAGCACACACACCCCAGCCCUCAGCAUCAAGGGCAUCUGAGUCUGGACCUGAGCCAGAAACGCUCCACAGACUACUCUGACUCGUCCCGUAGCAGCCGGGCCUCACACGGCACCAACUCCCUGCCGUCCAGCGCUAGACUCGGUUCAUCAAAUAAUUUGCAGUAUCGCACUGAGAGGAUAAAGAUUCCCUCCACGCCGCGCUAUCCUCGCUCAAUGCUGGGAUCAGAAAGAGGGUCCCUGUCUCAUUCAGAAUGCAGCAGUCCCAGUCUCAUCACGCCACCCCUGUCUCCUCUCAAUCUGGAGACGUCUUCAUUUGCCUCAAGCCAGUCUCAGAGCUCAAUCUCCACCCUGCCCAGGAUCUCCGUCAGCCCCGUACCCACGGGAGAGCGGAGAAAAGACAGAUCUCUGUACCGUAACAGAUCCUUUCUGAGAAUCCCUCUGGCUGCUAGGCCUAGGUUCUCCUCUCUCAGAAGCUUGAGGCCGUACUUGGAGGAGCCGCGGAAUGUCAUCGUGCACAAAGGGGCGGAGCCUCUCGGCAUCUCCAUCGUGAGUGGAGAGAAUGGAGGGAUCUUUGUCUCCAAGGUGACCGGGGGCAGCAUCGCACACCAGGCUGGGCUGGAGUAUGGAGACCAGCUACUGGAGUACAAUGGGAUAAACCUGCGCAAUGCCACCGAGCAGCAAGCGCGCCUCAUCAUUGGCCAGCAGUGUGACACCAUCACGAUCAUGGCCCAGUACAACCCACACAUGUAUCAGCUCGGCAACCACUCUCGCUCCAGUUCCCGCUUGGAGCCAGUGAGCACUCAGUCCACCCCACAGGGCAGUGGAGCCGCCACCCCAGAUAACCACUCCACCAUAGACACCCUGAGUGAACAAGAUGAAGGCACGCUCACCCCGUCCUCCAAGCAGACAACACCCACCACCAGUCCCAACUGCUUCAUCAGGAUGUCUUCUGAGAGUUCCAAGAAAGUUCCAGAGCCUCGCUUGGUAACGGUGAGGAAGACUCAGGGGGAGCUGGGCAUUCAGCUGUGUGGAGGAAACCUGCGGGGGAUCUUUGUGGAGAGGCUGGAAGAGGACAGUCCUGCCAGAGGAGUGGAUGGGCUUGUGCCUGGGGACAUGAUACUUGAGUAUGGCACAGUUAGUAUGAAGAAUAAGACUGUUGAGGAGGCGUACCUGGAAAUGCUGAAGCCUGCAGAAACAGUGACGUUCAGAGUCCAGCAUCGUCUGGAUGAGUUCAACCAGGUGAAGGACACUCCUGGAGAUGGAUUCUAUAUCAGAGCACUUUAUGACCGAUUGGCUGAGACUGAGCUCGACCUCUCUUUUAAGAAAGACGACAUCCUCUAUGUGGAUGACACGCUACCAAAUGGCAACUUUGGCACCUGGAUGGCCUGGCAACUUGACGAAAAUGCACAAAAAAUUCAAAGGGGGCAGAUCCCUAGCAAAUAUAUGAUGGAUCAGGAGUUCUACCGCAGACACAGUAUGACUGAACUGAAGGACGAGACGGGCUCCAGUAAGACCCUCUCCGCUGCCGCACGCAGAUCCUUCUUCCGCAGGAAACAGAAGCACAAACGUAGCAGCUCCAAAGAUGGGAAAGAUGUUGUAGCCUUGGACGCAAUCAGCACAGACUCUAUUCCAUUCUUAGAUGAUUUUGUGAGUCUGGCCUAUCAGAGAGUGCAGAAGAUUGACUGCACGUCUCCCAGACCGGUGCUGAUCCUCGGCCCGCUGGUGGAUCCGGUUAAAGACAUGCUGGUCAAGGAAUCCCCCGAGAAAUUCAGCAGAUGUGUGCUUGAGGUGAUGAAGGCUUCCCAGCAGGCCAUCGAGCGCGGGGUAAAAGACUUUCUCUUCAUCGACUACAAACGGAGGAGUGGCCAUUUUGAUGUGACUACUGUUGCCUCCAUCAAGGAGAUCACAGACAAGGACUGUCACUGUUUGCUUGACAUUGCACCUCACGCUAUCGAACGGCUUCACAGCGUUCACAUUUACCCAAUCGUCAUUUUCAUUCGCUACAAAAACGCAAAGCAGAUAAAAGAGCAGAAGGAUCCAGUUUAUCUGCGGGAUAAAGUCUCUCAAAAACAUUCCAAGGAGCAGUUUGAGAUUGCACAGAAGAUAGAGCAGGAGUAUAGCAAAUUUUUCACAGGUAUUGUUCAAGGAGGCACCUUCCCUUACAUUUGCACUCAGAUCGUGACUAUUGUGGAUCAGGAACAGAGCAAAGUUCUGUGGACGCCGCUGGGCUCUCCGUAGGGCUCAGAGACUUACAAACACUAGACUUUAUACACAACACACGCAAAGGUACACUAACGUUACGAGCGUCACGUUAAGAUAGUGAUUCUUUUUUUGUCUGUUUGUUUUUAUUGCGUUAUUAAUUGUAACUUUUAUUUGUAUAUGUGUGUAUGAGUGUGUCUACAGGUGUGUGUGUGUGUGUGUGUGUAAGUGUGUGUUUGUAUGAAGAUGCGGGACGAUAGCACUGAAGUAUUUGUUCAUUUCCUUUGGUCUUCCUGACGGACAUGUAAAGUUUUAGCAAUGCUGCAUUUAAGACACUCGUUUACAGAGCAAUCAGUCGGUGAAUUGUUUAACGUCUGCCUGAAUGUGAAGUCCCCCGUACAAGCAGCCCUGCACCAAAACGGUAUGCGUGACACCCUCCUACGUCUGACAUAUCAGCUCAAGGACUGAAUCCUCGUCUUGUGGUUUAAGAGUCGUUUGUGGCCAAGUUUGUUGUGUAGAUGUCAGUGAACGUUGCUUUGAAUCGUAGUGCUUAUCUAUGGAGCCGAGACAGACAGCAGCCAAGCGGUUUCUACGGGCCAAAUGGAAGUGCCUUUGGAGAUCUACUGAGCGUAUGACAAUGGCGAAAGGUGAAAGCCUGGUAUUUAAACAGUAAAACUUCUCAGAUUGCACUCCAGGGCUAGACAGACCACUGUGUACUAUGAGAUCUAGAAGCAUUCUCAUAGCAGAGCUUAUAUUUAAAGAGAAUAUCCCACGUAACACUUGUACUUGUGCAUACGAACUGAAGUACGGGCGCACAUGUAUGCGUAUGUAUGCAAUUUCAUCGAAAUAUAUAGAAAUAUAUUUACUGUAUUUUUACUAGGCUAUAGUCCUAGGGGAGUGUGACGGAGUGUCACGUCUUAGCAAAUAUUAGCAUGUUUGUGUGUGUGCGAGAGAGAGAGAGCGAAUGCACGUUUCUGUUGGUGUGUGUGUUUGUCUGUCACUUUUCUAUGUACUACACACUAAAAACAAAACACAACAAACACAAAAAAAUCACGAAAAGAAAAGUUGCAGGGUAAACCUGAAAUGGUUUUCUUAAAUCUGUUUAAAUGUUAGUGGUUUUUCAUUGCUAUUUAAUUAUUUUUUUAUUAUUAUUAUUCAAGAGGCAUGUCAUGUCUCAAGCAGACCAGUAGCCCAAUUAAUGUUGUGCCAAAAACACGUUAUUUUCUUUUGUUUUUCCGUUUUGCACUUCCAAUGUUCUGAACCCUAAACAAAUGACUGUUUGUAGGUUUCCAGUAGAAUGGAAAUAGGUACUAUAAUUUUUACUGUAAAAUAUUCAUUUGUAUCACUCCUGCUCCAUACAUUUCAUUAACUGCCUUUUUUAAAGAAAAAAAAGAGAAACACUCCAUAAAAAGGGAUUUCUUCCUACAUUUCUUUUUUCAGAGUAAGAUAUCAGUCCACUGGGUUGAAAUUAGACUUUUUUUUUAAAGUUAAUCUAACGCCUAACUAUUAUUCUGAAUAGCUAGCAUACGGUUUUACACGAGGGAUUCAUCAUCACCGAGUAUUUAGAACGAUUAAAACACAGGUACGGUUCCCAUUGGGAUUUCUUUUAUUCUAAAAGAAUGUGAUUUGUAUGAAAAAGUCAUUAAUGCGAGAAUAAAAGUCAUUUUCUGUAUCUCACAAUGUCAUUAAAUGAA